AUGAUUUUGGAAAAAGGAGAUCAUUCUGGGAAGGAUGUUCCAACAAUUGAAUUAGAUCCUCAGGAUUUAGACAAAGAGUUAGAUGGUGGAGUUUCAACUAGUCCUAUUGCUUUUGCUGAGCAAAAUGAAAGUUCUCUUGGAAUAGAUCAUGUUGUGCAUCCUUUAACUGAUCCUAAUGUCCGAGAGUAUAAUCAGGAGAAACAAAAUAAGGACCUCACAUGGGAUUUCCAACAAACACCUAGGGUUCAUUCCUCUUUAAACACUGCAGACAAAUUCGGUAGUGAUCAUUCCACAUCUCAAGUUGCUACAGAUCACUCCAACCUUCAUUGUGAAUCUACUCCAUUAAUCCCUAUCAAUGCAGCAACAACAACUUAG